UAUGAUCGAACAUUGGCGCUGAAUGGACAUUUGCAUGUGAAGAUGUGGAUAGAUGGAUACCGAUGGCUAAUUCUCGGCUCCUGCCCCAAUCGGUACGCGUUAGCUGGAGAGGGUCGACGAAGCUGAGCUGGCAGCUUCACAAUCAGGGGAUCGAACAUCUAGGCAACAAUUCUUCUGUUGAUCGACUCUGUCAACCAGCGCGAUAUACCGGAUUAAUAGAAUCGCGCUCAUUCAAUCAAACAACAUGGCCGCCAUGAUGCCUAGCGGAACAGCUUCCGCAAACCCCUACGAGCACUACGAUCAGGAUCCCUUAGAAGAUGACCUUAUUGACCCAGAUGAUGCUGCUUUGGACCUCGAAGACCCUCUUGCAUCAUCGUCCGAUCGAGCACCUUUGACAGGCAACAUCCAACAACCGUCAGCUCGCGCGCAAAACACUCAAUCCUACCUAAACAACACAAUCGGCGGAGAAGAUCGUAGAGCACCUCAAAAUACCAUCGACGAGAGCGUUUGGGAUACAUUGUCGAGAGACUUGCUUGCUAUCUGGGAGAAAAUGCGACAAGUACUAUACCCCAAGUACCUCCUAGGUGGCCUGUUGCAGCGCGGUGGGGGCAUGGGAGGUGCUGAAAGAGCGGAGGGAGACAGUCUUGGUGGAGGUGGCUUGAAUGGACUUGUCGGCAGAUGGCCAGAUGCAGACACUGUUCUGCAGAGUGGCAUGAGUGAGGGUUUGAGGGACUGGGAUCUCUGGGGCCCUCUCGUCUUCUGCUUGCUGCUCAGUUUUCUUCUAUCUCGCGGCGCCCAGGAUGAACAAAAGUCCGUUGUCUUCUCCGGAGUUUUCGCUACCGUCUGGAUUGGCGAGGCCGUUGUAACUCUUCAGAUCAAGCUUCUCGGAGGCAGCAUCUCGUUCUUCCAGUCAGUGUGCAUCAUCGGGUACACAUUAUUCCCACUUGUCAUCGCAUCACUUCUCAGUGCGUUUGGUCUGCCUAUGAUUGCUAGAAUACCCGUGUACAUUGUGCUGGUCGCAUGGUCACUGGCUGCAGGCAUCAGCAUUCUCGGAGGCUCUGGCGUUGUCAAGAAUCGUGUUGGAAUUGCCGUCUACCCUCUUCUUGUCUUCUACAUCGGUUUGGGAUGCUUGUGUUUUAUCAGUUAAGCAUGCUGGUUGGUCAGUCAAGAAAGAAGUGGCAGCAACAUCGAAGCCAAUGAUGUUAGCAUGUGUAUCAAAAUCGUCUCAUCAAAAUUGCAGUGUGCUGGACACACACAAUCUCGUUGUCUCUGAAUAUCAUUUCCAAUGAAUGAAAAUAGCC